AUGGACUCAGGCCAUGGAGGCUGCGACAGCGUCAUAGCGCCGAGACUGACCCCUGCGCCCGAGGGAGGCCCGGAGAGACCCGAGUUUGCACCGUCAAGCAGCUGGCUGGCUUUCGCCCAGGCCGGCCCACCUUCCGUGUUGCCCCUGCAGGUCAUCAGCGAGCUGAACGGAAAAAAUAUCGAGGACGUCAUCGCCCAGGGGAUUGGCAAGCUGGCCAGCGUGCCCGCCGGAGGGGCUGUAGCCGUCUCUGCCGCUGCCGGCUCUGCGGCACCUGCAGCCGGUGCUGCCCCCGCUGCCGCAGAGGAGAAGAAGGACGAGAAGAAGGAGGAGUCUGAGGAGUCGGACGACGACAUGGGCUUCGGCUUGUUUGAUUAGCUGGCCCCCACCACCAGCCCCUGCGCCCUCGGAGGAGGGGAGCUGCGUGCAGCCCGGCCGCGACCGCGCGGAUCUUUGUUACAUAAAAGUGCUUUUCCACAUGU